AUGUUCAUAGCAUCAUGGAUCUGGGCAACAGUGCUAAUACUCUGUUGUGGGUUUUGGUUCCUUCUAGGGAGGAGGAGGCGACAAGGUGAGCCACCACUUGAAAACGGGUUUCUCCCGUACCUGGGCUGUGCCUUGCAGUUCGGUGCCAACCCCCUUGAAUUCCUCAGAGAAAAGCAGAAGAAGCACGGCCACAUUUUCACUUGCCGGGUAGCGGGGAAAUACAUCCAUUUCCUCACUGACCCUUUUUCAUACCAUGCCUUGAUACGCCAGGGGAAAUACUUGGACUGGAAAAAGUUCCAUUUUGCUACUUCUGCCAAGGCUUUUGGGCAUGGUAGCAUUGACCCAGCAGAGGGAAACACCACUGAAAAUUUUCAUCGGACUUUCAUUAGAACCCUUCAAGGCAAUGCCCUAGAUGCCCUCAUUGAAGCAAUGAUGGAAAACCUACAGUAUGUCAUGCUGCAGUCAAGAACAUCUAAACUUCAGUCUAAUGCCUGGGUGACAGAAGGACUUUAUACAUUCUGUUGCCAGGUGAUGUUCGAGUCUGGCUUUUUAACCCUUUUUGGUAAAGAAUUUAAUUCAAAUCAUGAGAAAAACCUGUUGUCAAAGCAGGAAAAUGAGAGAGCUCAUAUCCUAAACGCCCUCGAAAACUUCAAGAAAUUUGACAGAAUCUUUCCAGCCCUUGUGGCGGGGCUGCCCAUCCACCUCUUCAAGGCUGCCCACAGCGCACGAGAGAAGCUGGGCGAGGCACUCCUCCACAAGAACCUCCUGAAGAGGAACAACCUCUCCGAGCUUGUCACUCUCCGCAUGUUCCUGAAUGACACUCUGUCAACCUUCGAUGACAUGGAAAAAGCCAAGACCCACGUGGCAGUGCUCUGGGCCUCGCAAGCCAACACCAUUCCUGCCACCUUUUGGAGCCUGUUCUAUCUUCUCAAGAGUCCAGAAGCAAUGAGAGCUGCUAGCAAAGAAGUGCAAAGUAUUUUGGAAAGUGCUGGAGAGAAGAUCAGCUUAGAUGGCAAACAUAUUUCCUUGAACCGAAAACAGCUGGAUAACAUGCCAGUACUAGACAGCAUCAUCAAGGAGGCGAUGAGGCUAUCGAGUGCAUCCAUGACGAUCCGAGUCGCCAAGGAGGAUUUCACUUUGCACUUGGAGAACAAUUUUUACAACAUUCGCAGUGAUGAUGUUGUAGCUCUUUAUCCUCAGCUGCUGCAUUUUGAUCCAGAAAUCUAUUCGGAUCCUUUGACAUUCAAAUAUGAUCGCUUUCUCAAUGAGAAUGGCGAAGAGAAGACUGACUUCUACCACCAUGGUCGCAAGUUGAAGUAUUACUAUAUGCCGUUUGGGACAGGCAUAGCAAAAUGCCCUGGCAGGUUAUUUGCUGUCCACGAAAUUAAACAGUUUCUGGCUUUGAUAUUUUCCUAUUUUGAGAUAGAGCUUGUGGACAGUAACGUGCAAUGUCCUUCUUUAGAUCAAUCCCGUGCAGGACUGGGCAUUUUGCAGCCAACCAAUGACAUUGAUUUCAGGUAUAGACUGAAAUGUCUGUGA